CAAUUACUUUUCGCUUCCGGGUUACGGCAGUUCAUUUGUCAAAGCUAAUGGCGAGCCGCCUCUUUUCUUUUUUUUAUAUUUUUGUGUUAGUUUUUUAAAACAGAAAAAGAUAUUUUGUCGGGAGAGGAAAGUUGCCAGGAACUUCUAAAAGUUUGUUUUUAACUCUCGGCGGCCGCAAUGCAUGGACAACAAUAAUGGCGUCCCAAACGAGGGGUUUGGAUGGAAAACUUCCUGCUUCCAAAAGUUAACUGCAAUUACGAGUCAUCCCUCAGCGCUCCCUGGAGUGCCGCAACCAUUGCUCUUCCACCACACAGUCCAUCAUGUCAUUACCAAAGGAGUCGGGGAACCGAGGGAAAGAUCGAGAGAGAGGGGCCCGUCCCAAGGUGAGGCAGAGCCGCUCAGAGGAGAGACGAGAUGCAGGCAGUGGGCGGAAAGGUGGAAAGGGGAAGAAAAAAGGCCUCGCCGCCCACGAACCAGCAGCUGAGAGGCCGGUCAGCGAUGGAUUUGAGUACGGGGAGCUGUUGAGUGACCUAGAAACCAGGGACCAAUCUUCAUCCUCUCCGGUGAGGGAGAAUUGGAGAUGGCAGGGUUUGGAAGUCGCUGCCUCAUUACUAGGACAAGAACGGGUAACAGCCAAGCCAGGACUGGGAACAGUUAGCUCUAUUACAGAGCUGUCUGCACCCAGUGAAGGUGAGGGCAGAGGGUCCAGCAGCAGUCGCACUCUGCGCCAAAAAAUCCAAGACGCAAUGGGGCAAUGUUUCCCAAUAAAGACUCUCACUGCGGCGGCACCAGCACCAAGUCCACAGGCUCUCGCAUCAUCAGCUGCCUGUGCCUCCUCCAGGCGCAAAAUCCAUCUCAGUGAGUUGAUGUUGGACGACUGCCCUUUCCCUGUAGGAUCAGAGCUGGCUCAGAAGUGGUAUCUCAUUAAGCAGCACACGGCCCCCAUUACCCAGCCUCCCGUGCUCGAUUCUGCUGUGGUGUGCAGCGCGCCUACUUCGGCCAUGGCUGCUGUGGUAGAGGACGUGGACGACAGGCUGCGAGAGCGCAGGCGCAUCAGCAUCGAACAAGGUGUCGAGCCGCCGCCCAACGCAGAGAUUCACACGUUUGAGGUGACCGCACAAAUUAACCCUCUUUACAAGCACGGACCUAAGCUGGCUCACGGUAUGAAUGAGUUGGCCGGGGCCGACAGAGCAUCUGCUCAUCAGCAACAGCAGCUUCUUCUCCAAAGACAGCAGCAGCAUCAGCUCCUACUGCAGAGCUGUUUGGAUACUUUGGAUGAGGUGGUGGCCUCAGCCUCCGCUUCUGCCUCCACCCCCGCCUCUGUCUCUUCCUCUGCCUCUGCUUCAGCCUCUGUCCACACCUGUGAAACCAUUUCCACCCCUCCAGUUGACCCAGAGGUUACAGUGACCAGCAUGCCCUCCAGGGCUAUACUUCCUCAGACUGAGAAUCCUACAUCUCACGACGGCUACCGCAUUCACACUCAGAUUGAUUACAUUCACUGUUUAGUUCCAGACCUGCUGCAGAUCACCAACCUCCCGUGUUACUGGGGGGUCAUGGACCGCUACGAGGCAGAGACCCUGCUGGAGGGAAAGCCUGAAGGCACCUUUCUCCUUCGCGACUCUGCCCAGGAAGACUACCUCUUCUCCGUCAGCUUCCGCCGCUACGGCCGCUCGCUACACGCACGCAUCGAACAGUGGAACCACAACUUCAGCUUCGACGUGCACGACCCCAGCGUCUUCCACGCUCCGACCGUCACGGGAUUGCUGGAGCACUACAAGGACCCCAACUCCUGCAUGUUCUUCGAGCCCCUGCUGUCGAACCCCAUCCACCGCACACAGCCCUUCACCCUGCAGCACAUGUGCAGAGCGGCCAUAAGCAGCUGCACCACCUACGAUGGCAUUAACAUGCUUCCCAUUCCAAAUGCUUUGAAAAAGCACCUGAAAGAAUAUCACUAUAAACAGAGAGUACGUGUACGGCGAAUGGACACCUGGUGGGAAUGAAGAACAACAACAAAAAAUUGAAAUUAAUAACAUUUUUCCACGCAAACUGAACUGCACAAUGUCGUACACUCUCCCUGGCUGUAUUAACCUUCACGACACUGUACUUAUUUAUUUUAUUCCUGCUGUACAUGUCUUAACAAUCCUGCUAAAACCACACUGAUGAGACAACAUGUAAUCUCACUGACCUUGUACACUCAAAGUUCUUUAUGCUCCGAAAUAAACAGACUUAUUUAGA